AUGCCGACUCGCACAGUAGUCUCUACUGACAAAGCUCCACCGCCAUUGCCGGUCUACUCUCAGGCCAUCGUAUGCAAUGGAAUGGUCUACUGCUCGGGUCAAGUGGCUAUAGAUCCAGCAACGAAGAAAUUCAAUGAAGGAGGUAUAGAGGGUAGGACGUAUCUGAAUCGAACGCCUGUGAAUGCACGAGCUGACCAGACGGGUGUACAGAAACAAUGCCUCACCAACCUUUCCGAAGUCCUUACCGCCGCUGGCUCCUCCAUUGAUAACGUCGUCAAGAUCUCUGCUUUUCUCACGACCAUGGACAAUUUCGCUGCUUUCAAUCGCGAGUACGAGAAGUGGUUUGGGAAUCUGAAACCUGCAAAUUGGUCUAUGCAAGCGAUUGUGUAG